UUGACGAGCCAGUAGUGACAAGAAGAAGUUCUGCUGUGAGAGAAGAGAGCAGAAUGUGUUAUUUAGUGUAAGAUCAAAGCUUUACAUGUAAAGAUGAACAGGAUAGGUGUGUUUGUGCUGUUCAUGUGGAUUUUGUGUGUUUGUUCAUCAAGUCAUGGUCCUCGAGUUAAGACUGAUCAAGGUAUCACACACUAUACUAUUAAACACAGUCAUAGUGGUUUGAGAAAACUCAUCAGAAGUACCUCAAGGGGAACAAUUUGGGUUGGAGAUGAUGAGAAUCUCUUUCCUGUUACCUCAACACAAGACAAACAGGUGAAUGUUGCCCUGUUUAAGGAUGAAUGUAAAGAAAUUGAAAAGUGUGAGUACACAUUCUCUCUGCUCGGUGAUGGAGUCGAUGGAAAUCUCCUGUUCAUGUGUGGAACUACUGGAGAAAAAACUAAGUGCUAUAACAUGAAUGUAAACUAUGCUUUAGUUGACGGCUUCGAAUUCACUUACGGAUUAAAUAUGAAUGAUCCUUCAUUACUCAUCGGUGAUAUGUUGUACCUCAAGUCUACUAUGGGACUGUACCGGAUAAACAGAAAAACAGGUGGCAAGAUCUGGCCUUAUUCUCCUGUAGGAGAGCAGAAGUAUGUGAAGCUGGUUACUGGUAAUGGUCAAGACAAGGACAAGCUUUAUUCAUUCUUCACAGAGAAACGCAAAAGUGACAAUGGAGGCUCUGAAUCCGAUCUCUGGAUCCCACGAGUCUCACAGAUCUGUAUGAAUGACAAAGGAGGAUCUAAAGACGUCCUUCAGUUCAGUUGGACAUCUAUGAUCUACACCCGUCUGUCCUGUGGAGCUGUGGAGUUGUCCUUCACCCAGCUUAUAGACGUGGCCACUGUUGACAAUGACACCAAGAUUUAUGCCCUCUUCAGAAACAUCUGGAACAUGAGUGCCGUGUGUGUUUAUAACAUGACUGAAAUCAGCAGAAUCUUCAGUUCCUCUGAAUUCAUAGAGAUUAAAAACAUGAAAUUUCCUGUGAACCAUCGGCCUGGACAGUGUGUUGAUGACAGCACUCGUCUAAGUCCUGAUAUAUUGAGGUUUAUGAGAGAGCGUCCAGAAGUGAAAGAUUCGGUGAUGCCGGAGACCAAACCCCUGCUGUUUAAACACCAUCAUUACACACACAUCCAGGUGCAGAGACUAGAGAAGAGUUCAGUACUGUUUCUGGCUUUAGAAAGUGGAGGAAUCCAUAAAGUCUUAGAAAGUUCCACAAAUGAUCCAUUAUUCAUCAUCGCAGAGUUUCGGCCGUUUCAACACAGGACUCACAUCAGCAGUAUGCUGUUAGACGAAUCUGAGAAGCGUCUGUACGUGAGUUUUGGUGAGGAGGUGAUUCACAUCGACCUGCAGAGGUGUGACCUGUAUGGAGAUCAGUGUGAGCAAUGUCUUUUAUCCAGAGACCCCUAUUGUGGUUGGAGCGGUUCACAUUGUACCCACGUCUCAGGAAGUUUAAUCCAGGACAUAAAGUUUUGCAAUUCAACUAAAGUCGAUUAUUCCAGAACAGAAGUCGUUGCCUCAGCACCGGUGUUGAUCAAGUUGAUCGUCACGCCCUCUUCUAGAUAUUAUCUGACCUGUCCAAUUAUAUCAAAUCACGCCUCAUACCACUGGUACCACGGUAAUACCCAUGAGGAGUGUGUACAGGCCGAUAGGGACUGUUUGUAUCUCAUUGAAAGUAUGAAUAAAACUCAUGAAGGUUUAUACAGGUGUGUAUCUUCAGAAAAAAAUUAUCACAUAAACAUCAGCAGUUAUGAGCUGAUUAUGAGCUCUUCACCAGCACUUAUGGUCAACACAAUAGUUUUACCAUGUUUAUUACUUCUGUUGUUUACUCAUCUGUUAUUAUAGAUGAAUCCUCUGAACACAUUCACUGGAUAGAGGUUCAAUUGUUAAGUUGUUAGAUGAUUCAUUUUAGCUUUUAGUUAUAAUUUAUGAAUAAUCGGUUUAUAAAGUACACCCUUUAUAAAGUAUGCAAGAGGUGACUGAAAGUUCAUUUAGUCACAUGAAUGUCUGACGUCUGUUGUGUUUAUAAGAUGAUUAUUUAUAUUUGAAUGAUUCAUUUAAGUGGACGUGGAAAAAUGAGGAGGGUUUAGCUGUUCUGCUAUUUAUGUAUAUCAUCAGUGUUUCUGUUGUUUUACAAAUGUUGAGUUCAUCAUCAGCAUCUAGCAUUUAAUAUGAUGAUGUUGCAUGGGUUCAGAUUGCAAUAUGCUGCUUAUUUUUAUUUAACUCAGGGAGAAUGCACACAUUAAUAAAAUAUAGAUACAUAUUCAUAUAGGCACAUAUUCAUCCGUAGUUACUCUGGUCAGGGACAUUUAGUGUUACUCUUUUCUUUUGACUAAAAUUAUUAUUAUUAUUAUUAUUCAGAAAAAUUUCAGAUUCAAUUCUCAGACUGUGAAACAUUUUGUAAUGCAAAUGAAUGUAAACUGUGGAUGGAAUGUGCUGAGGGAUUGCAGAUUGCACAAAUUUUUAUUAUCUGAGUGCAAGUGAUAAACUUAUAAAAGUGCAAUAAGAUCUCUUAACAUGUGAUAUCAUAAAAGUAUAUUUUUAUAUAAUUGCUUUUAUAUAGAGAGUAUUUUUGCACUUAGUGUUUUGUAAACUGUUAAAUUAUAUGAUCACUGGAGAAGUAAGUGUGUACCCACUUGUCUCUGUCUUUCCCUCUACGUUGAUUUAAAUAUUUAAUGUUUAAAGAUUGUUUUGGGCAAAUUGUUUGUUUAACGUUUUUUUUCUCAAACUUUUGCAAUCUGUGUUUUUAUUUAAGUUUUGUUGGUUGUUGAAGUUUAGAAUCUGUCACUUACAAUAUCUGAAUGAUUCCUUCUGCUCAUUCUGACCACAUAGGAAAACCAUCUGAGCAACGUUAAGCAACCUCAGAAAGUUAAAAACUGCAUUUUACAACCCCCGUUUCCUUUUUGUUCAACACACUGGAUGUUUUUUCUGUGGUUGCACCAACGUGCAAGUCAUACAUAAACCAGUUGAAAACGUUGACUCAUAAAAUUCUCAUUCACUUACUUUAUGAGACUCACUUCUGAAAAAGACAAAACAAAACAUGUUCAUUGAGCAAUAAAACAAUGAAAGUAAACAAUGUCA